AUGUCUAUUAAACUUUAAUUUAAAUUCAGAAACAAGAUAAUUCUUUAAUUAAAAUUUCUUUAGAAUUUAUAAGCAUAUUCAAUAAAAAAAAAUUCUUAAUUGCAUAAUUAGCAUUAUAAUUAAUUUUAAUUUGAAAAAUAUCAAAAAAUAAAAUCUGGAAAAAAAAACUUAAAGCAAAGGAAAACACUGAUAUAAAAAGGGCCCACUUCAAUUAUUUCUAUGAAUUAAAAAUUUCUUCAAGAGAACAGAGAUUUAAUUAAAAAUCUAUAUGAGGAAAAUAAAAUGCCUUAGGUCUAAAGAUAAUUAUAGAUCAUUAAAGGAAAGAAGGUUAAAUAUUGGAAAUUAUAUGAGCUUACUAGCAAAAAUAUAAUUCGUAAAGAUAAGCCUGGUCCUAAUAGAAUGAUUGAAGUGGAGUGGCACAUAAAUAAUAGACAAAUAAAAUCAUUCAAAGAUUUUUGUUAAUGUGCCAAAGAUUAUUUGUAGGGAAAGGGUAUUUUUGAUGUAAAAAUAUAAAGCCUCAGAAACCGUUACAAAGACCAUAAAAGGAUAGUCAAAAAACAUGAGUUAAAUUAUUUUAUAUUUAAUACACUAAAAAUAUAAUUAAAUAUUUUUAUCAAAAAGACAUCUAGAUCAAGUUUUAAACUUUUGAUGCCUUUUUAUAAAGAUUAAAAUUAACUUUCGCAAUCAUUAAUUGCAUUAUCUUGCAAAAACUAACAAACUGGAUUCAUAAUAAAAAUGAAAGUUAGGGAUUUUAAUAAUAAUUAAAUUUAAUAGAAGCUUUAUUAAAGAAAAAAUCAAUCUAGUCUGAUUUUUUAGGAGGUAUUAUUAUUAAUAAGGAAAUAAAUUAUUUGUUAGGCUGAUAUUUAUUUUAUGUGUGUUUCUUAGUGA